GACGCAAUUCCAGUCGCAGUUGGCACUUCAAACCGUUUGCCACGCUGUAAGCUGAGCUACACAUCGAGAGAGGGAGCAAGAGAGAUCGAAAGAGAUGUUGAGACCGGGAUUCGUUCACAUAUGCGCUGUACUGCUGAUGCUGUCGCUGGCAUUGGCUCAGCCCGUUGACUACUCCAAUCCCAAGUCGCAGGUGGAGUACAUUAGCGUGCAGCCCGGAGGGAAGCCAAGGAUUGUGCCCAUCACAAGGCCACCGUUGAUUGAUUUGACGCCACCGCCGCCGCCAGGGGAUACCAAGAGCUUCACCUACAACGCCGAGACGCAGACCUGGACGAAGAUCAAUCCCCAUGAGCCGCCGCCACAAGAGGGCACGCUCAUCUGGAAUCAGAGCAAUGACAAGUGGUUGACCAAUGUGCCGUCUUAAAAUAAAUACAAAUAUUUUAAUCAGUUA